AACCUCUAAUCAACCACCCAUGAUAAUGGCGAGAAUAGUACUGAGGUAAAUAUGAAUAGUCUCCUGCAAGGUCCUUGAGAAAUUCCAUUACACCGAUUGUAAUACCACGGAGGCAACAUUGUUCUCUCUCCAAUUCUGCAACAUCGUUCUCUCUCUUGCUAUGGUUGCAGCUCUUCGUCGAAUAAUCCAAACCCACCGCCGAUUGUGUCGUUAAAGCCGUGGCGCUUAGAUGUUGAAUGAAUUCUGCAAUGCUGGAGCCUAUGAUUGCCAUAUGGAACUGAGAAGCGGAGCGAACGAAAGCUUGAAGUGGCAGUCCGGCAUAGAAUCAGAAUGAGAAGAAUUUGGUGAGCUCUCCCUCUCAAUUCUCCUUCCCUUGCCUGCUUCACUAGGUCUCAAGCGUUUAAACUAUUCUCUAAGAAGCAGAGGACCCACAUCCAUGAUCCACCACCGAACCCGUCCGGUCCAUUCAUGGUUCAGUCCCGUGACUAUGCGCGGCCCAACGUGGCGAUGGAUAAAAAUCGACGGCUGUGAUGGUAGAAGCAAAAGGUGUAGGUGCAUGCGAUGCGAAAUGACUGACAUAUCAUAGUAUAAGUACCAGAUGGCUAAGCCUUAGUACACGACUCGAAAAUCUCCAUACCUCGUCUGCCUUGUUUCGUCCCUCUGCUUUCACUUUCAGAAAACUGAAAAAGCGAAACAGACCACUGUAUCAAAAGUUCAAAACCCAGAUAAAAUUUAUCGGUCAUGAAUCCCUAUGAACAACCCUCGACUCCAUAUGAACAGAAGCUCAGAGAUGAGGUCAUUUACCUUCACUCUCUCUGGCACAGAGGCCCUCCAGCCUUGGAUACUAACCUUAAUCGUCUCGGACCUAAACCUAUCCAUAACAGUAACAACGACCCAUCAAGAAAUCUCCAUGUAUCUUACUCCACAUCAUUCAAGAAAACCAAGGGAAACAAACACAGAUACCAAAAUGCCAAUAACAUUACCGCUUCAGGUUCUGGGUCCACGUCCAACCGACAACCCGACCCUGGUCCUGAAUGGCCUGUCAAUCCUCCACCACCAUCUUCUCCACCCAACUCUGGCUCUGGAUGGCCUUCUUUUAAGGUCAAGCCGAGUCCCUCAACCCAAAUAGUGCCUGACAUUGAUGAACCCAAAAUGAUCGCAAUGCAAAUGCAGCAGAAGGUAGUCAAAGCUUGUAAUGACUUCUUUGGCAAAAAGAUUGAUAUGGAUAGUGAAGACGAUCAUGAGUUCGAGGACGAAGAUGAAGGAGAUGAUUCUUUCAGUGAGGACAACGACGUUGAAGAAACUGACGAAUUCAAGUUCUUUUUCAGUUUGUUCGUAGAAAACCGAGAACUGAGGGAUUUUUAUGAGAGCAACCAGGAGACUGGGGACUUAUAUUGCUUAGUUUGUGGAGGGAUGGGAGUGAAAGUAGGUAAAAUAUUUAGGGGUUGUUUGGGGCUUGUGCAGCACGCCAUAGCAAUUCUGAGAACAAAGAGAAAAAGGGCGCAUAGGGCUCUUGCUCAGGUUAUUUGCAGGGUUAUUGGAUGGGAAUUUAGUAGACUUCCCGUGGUUGUGUUGAACCGUGAGCCUCUCAGUCGGUCUUUGGCAAAUUUAGGCGCGACUCUGGACUUGCUUAGGUUAAGUAUGUGUUAUGCGGAUGGAAUAAUGAUGUCUGAGUGUGAGCCUUAUGAUAAUUUCCUUCGAAUAAUGCUGGUUGCUGUUGAUGGCAAGAGUGACAAGUCGGUUGUGAUUUGUGAAGGAGGUGUGUUAUUUGGAUGAAAAGAAGAGUUGUUUGAAGGAAGAAGGCAAUGAGGAAGUUGUGGAAGAUCUUGACCAUGGAGUUUCUGAUAUAGAAGUUAGUAAAGGGGGAGAACUGGAUCAUGAGGUGAGGUAGUUUUCUUUAACUGGGGAUGUUAAUUGCUGCCUUGGGUCUUUUCUUUUGUGUGUUCUUGGGAAUCACUUUAUGUGCAGAGUGUUUAUAACAAACCUUUUUUUUUAUUUCAAAUAAGACAAUCUAGCAUUGGGUUUAUACUGUCAAAGGCAACCGCAAAUAGAAAAACUAAAUCACUCUAUGUCAAAAUAUAGCUAAUUUAUAUCAAUCAUCCGCAUGGAGGCAACAUUAAUGGUUAAUUUGACUGGACAUCUCUUGUAUAUUACAGACUCAGAAAUAAGCUAUGGUGACAGUUCCAGUUAUUCAUAAAGUAUUUCUAGUUUAUAGCAAAACAUUUCUAAAAUCUGAGAGGAAUUCUUUUGGCAAAUUCCUUUCCUAUGAUGACCUUAUGUCAUCUUAUUAACUCACUUCUUCAUUGUUAUUCCUUCUUAAUUUCUCAAAAUUCUUGUUGAAUAGUUCAUACAAAAUUCUUAUUGAAUAAUUCAUUUUCUCCAACAUGAAGAAACAAAUGCCAGUAACAAUUUGCUUUAUUUAAAGCCCACAGCUGCAAUAGUGCAUAACAUUUGAGGUUAUCUGUGAUCCUGGGGCCAUGAUAGAGUUUUCAGAGGUUUUAAGAUUUUAUAUGUGGCAUUUAUUAUCUUUUUCUUUUUUCUCUUUUUGGAUUUUUCUUUUUUCAAAAGUUUCUAAGGGAAGAAGAUGGCGAUAAAGUAAAAGAAGAAUUUGAAAAUAGAGUACCUGAUUUAGGAACACAUAAAAAGAGAAGUGAGUGCCUGGUAAGAUGAUUGUUCUGGAUGCUUUUGUAUGAUACUUUGCAUUAUGGACUAAUACAUUUAGUUGUCAAGAUUUAUAUGUUGAAACUUAAAUUCUAUUUUGUUAAUAGAAUGAAUAGUUUAGGAUUUUUAAAGCAAAACAAUGACUCAAUAGGGUAAUUAAAUUUGAUACACUUAGUUGGCUUGAGCAAUUUAAUUCUUCUGAGAAAAAAUUCCUUGACUCCAUAUGGGGGAGGGGGACCACUCUCAUUAUGAAAAAUAUUCAAAGAAAUAAAGAUGGAAGUUUAUCAUGCAAGGAAGCUCUGUUCAAACUCUACAAAAUAUUUGUUUGUUCUUGUUGAGAUUCUUUCUGUGAAUAGCCUACAAGUUAUAAUUAGAGAAUUAAUUUAUUUUCUUACCUAUACGUACUCUUGUAAGUAAUAUAUAUACCCAAUUGACUUAAGGAGAAUAAUAAAGUAUUUUCUCUCAAAAUUUCUGCUUUCUUCUUCUUUCUUUUCAUCAUCGGUUUCAAUUCCUUUUUACCCCCUAUAUUCCUUUCCCUAACUUCAUUGUCUUCAUCAUGGACUUAAUAAGAGUACUGUGGUUGGAAAAAACUCUUUGAAAUAACCAUAGAGCGAUCUUUUUAAUCUCACCUUGUUUACACAUUUCUCAAAUGGCAUUUUCAAAAGAAAUUUCUUCUCAAUUCAUAGAUUAUUACCAUGAGAGUGUAUUUUCUUUCAUCCAUGAGAAGUAAUUGGGGCUUAAUGAUUUUGGUCAUUGUCAAUAACACAUAAUGGUUCAUUCUUACCUAGAAAAUAAAACAUUGUACGGUAUUCUGAGGCAUCAUUGGUCUCUAAUGUCCAACUGCCAUGAUCUAACCUGUUGAAUCCUUAUGAACGCCAUUGUGUUGGUACUUGGUACAGCUAGGGGUGGACAUGGUACAGGCAGGUUCCUGUUCAAGAGUCCAAGGGAACCAGGACCAGACUACAAGGUCCCCUUUGGUUUCAGUUUCGGUCUUGAUUCCAAUUCGUUCCUUGUCUAUUUAGUUUCAUCCAUUUUUUAUCAAAGUCAAUGGUUAAGAUUUUUUUUUCAUAUUUUUGUAUUUCUUUUAAAUUGGACAAACAAAAUAUAUGUUUUUGACUCAGAAUGGGACCCAACUGUACGGUUCUGUCUGUUUCAAGGCUAGUUCUGAUCAUUUUGGACAGUUCGGUUCUAGGUUGGACCGUGGCUGGAUGUAGGUACUACACAAAUCCUCAAACCACUUUAUUGAUAUGGGGAGCUUCUUUUGAAGAGCAAGUAAGGCUGUUCAUGAUGCAGUUGUAAUGGGUGUUUGUCAAAAUUACUUCUUAAGAAUUCUUGUUCAAAAAAUUGAUGAAAUAAGAUAUCUGUAAAUGAAAAAUAAUUUGAUGGACUAAGAUGGCUCUGAUGAAUGCCAAGAAUUCGAGUUCUGUUUAAGGAUGUUCACCAAGGAUCAUGAAAUGAGGAAUUCAAGUUCUGUUUAAGGUUAUUCACCAAGGGUAAAGUUUCUAAACCUAGACUCAAUUCUUAUGAAAAAAAUUAUUAAGGAUAAGUGUUGUGUAUAUAUAUCUCUUGUGGUCCUUAAAGUUUCUAAGUAGCUUGGCCACCCAACUAGUAGCCCAAUAGUUAUCUGCUCUGUGGGGCAGACAGUUAGGGCUUCACUGCUUCCCCUCUGAGAGGCCUCUUUCCCUUUCUUUCCGUCUUUUUUAUCCUUCUCUCCCAUCAGAAAAGAACUAAAUGCAUGGAGGACCAUCUUUUUUGUGGUUUCUUGCUAUUAAAAUUUAAGGAUACUUGUUUCUUAAAGUGGAAAGGUUUGUCAAUGGCUUGCCUCAGACAUUGUAUGGUAAGCCUACGGACAUGGAAAUGAAGAUUCUGGGAAUGCUGGAACCUUUAAUGGUACUAGGAGCAUUGGGAUAGUCAUCAGAAAUAUGGCAUAUGAUGUAUAAGGUUAAUAAAUUGUAUAACACUUUAUCUAAUUUGAUGAGGAUUAGACUAUUUGAAUAAUGUGUUAUUUACUCUGCAUGAGAACACUUUGAAUGUGUCAUUGACCUUGACAGGAAUGUAGUGGAACCAACAAAUCGGGAGCUGUGGAUACUGAGGUCAGAUGAUUUUCUACUUCUAACAUUAGAGCAUUAUUUGUGCUGUUGGUUCUUUGGAUUAAUUAUUUUUCUAGUGAUGUUAUGCAUGGUAUGCAUAUACAUUUCGUAUUUCUGUUUGGCUGUGUGCCACUAAAGAAGUCAAAUUUUUUAUGCGAUAUAUAGAGGGAAGGUUGAGAUAUCAAGAAAAUCACAAGGCCACAAUCUAAGUUGUGAUGUGAGUAACUAUCACAGGAAUGCCUUGGCAGGAUUCAGGAGUUAAUUUACCUGUUGUUGGACAAAAUACAAUUGAACCGAAAUCACCAAGGAAUAUGAAUUGCUUCUAUCUUAGUGAAGCCCACUAAUGAUGCGUUAUUUGCAUCCCUAGAAAACAUAAACGUUUAGUGGAUGGAUCUCAAAGUAAAAUCCCUGCAAUAACAGAACUUCACCUGUACUUUAUAGUUUUGACAUGCCAUCCAAUCAAACACAUAGCAUUGCAGCACAAUAUCUUUUUGUUUCUCAAAAGUGUUUCUCCCAAAAUAAAAAUGCAUUCUUUAAGUACUUCAGCAACAUCACUGGCUGCUACAGUUGCUUCUUGUUCUUAGUUUCAUAAGACAUAUGUUGCAGACUAGCUUAAAGGAGGUUAACAUUGGAACCCAAGUGUAAAAUUCUCUAGGAGAGGACUGUUGAUGAUGAUGUGCAUGGUGGGGCCUCGAACGGUGAAAGAAAGAGUUUCAUUAAGAGCUUAGUGAGACAGUGGAAGUAAAUGUUGCCGGAUAAAGUCAUGUGAUGGUGAGUUUAGUUCUCAUUCACUUUUGAGUCAUUUCCAUCCUGUGUGCAUCACUAGUUUGUGGUUCACAUGGUUUUGAAUUCCGUGCAUAGUCUGAAGGAAUGUUUUUAUGUAUAUUCUCGUGUUUCUGUUACAUUGAUCCUUCUGUUAAUGUAGAUGUGCAGCAAAAGGAGAAGGUUUAAUGUGGAUGUGUUUCUACUACAUUGAUCCUUCUCUCAUUUUAGUUA